AUGGGGCUCACUCCCCAGCCUCCUCCCCAUCUCACCGCCGGCUGCCACCACACCUCCCGCCACACUGGGGACAGGCAAGAUCCCAUCUUCCGAGCCCCCGGGGUUCACAGUGCCCACCACCCGCAAGGCCGAGGCACGGCCCUCGCUGCCCCCGAGCAGAGCAUGCAGUGCGGUUGCGUGGCCGAGGGCCCCCCCGCCGUCCCGGGCAGCCCCUGGAUCUCAGGCGUGGCCUUCCCGGACUGGGCCUACAAAGCCGAGUCGUCGCCGGGCUCCCGGCAGAUCCAGCUGUGGCACUUCAUCCUGGAACUGCUGCAGAGGGAAGAGUUCCGCCAUGUCAUCGCCUGGCAGCAGGGAGAGUACGGGGAGUUUGUCAUCAAGGAUCCCGACGAGGUGGCCCGCCUCUGGGGCCGCAGGAAGUCUUCAGCGGUGGGGUUCUCAGGGGAGGCCCCUGGGCGCUCGGGCGGUGGCCAUUUAACAACCAUUCUGAGACUAUUCCAUUGUGUUAACGAGUUGUUGGCACAGUGUGAAUUGGGGAACGGAGGCCGGCAGAGCCCUCCCACCCCACCCCUGCUUCUCACCCCCCAGCUCCUGCACAGCGUGCUGCUUGCCCAGCGGGCCACGGUGGAGCAACUGGCUGGACACCAGACCCUCCAAGGGCUGCCAGAGGCCACUGAGGACAAGAAGGGGAGCGGCAGCGGCGCCCCCCGCCUUGGCUCUCUCCCAGCCGCCUGCCAGCUUGGCCCUUGCUGCCUUCUGGGGAGCCCCCAAGACAAGCUGCCCAGUCUUGCCCCCUUCACCCCUCCCCUCCUGCCCUCCCUCCCCUCCAACUGGACUCGCCUCUCAGGGCCCUUCCUGCCCUCUGUCCCCCCAGAGCAGCAGUUCCCAGGGUCCUCCAAGCCAGACACGGUGCUCCCAGGGCCCGGGUGCCCCCCAGUGACCCGCCCCUUUCCAGGGCUCCCCCUGUUGGCUGGGCUGGGACAGGGGGCUGGCGAGAGGCUCCGGCUCUGGCCCCUGAGGUCCCAGGGGCUGGAGGUAAAGCCCCAUCCCAUGAUGGGGGCAAAGGGACGCCUGGAUCCCAGGGAGGGCUUCUCCUCGGACAUUCAUGGACCCAAAACUAGGGACAAAAGUCCUGUGUCCCCCCCAGCUGGAGAACUUCAAGGCAGUGUGGCCCUUGGAUCCUCCUUAGGUGGGGAGAAGAUGGGAGGUGGGGGUCCCCCAAACUCCAUCCCUCCUCUUGUCCACUUCCUUUCUGGCUUUGCGCCUUGCCCAGCCUGGAAACGGGUUUAAAUUACAGGAAGCUUUGAAGGGGUGGAGUUGGACAAAGGGGGUGGGGGGCAUUGCAGGGGUGGAAAAGACUGAGGCAGGGGGCCUCCUCCCCUCCCACCGAAUUGUUAAUAAGGUUAAUUAAGGAGACAUUCUUAAUCUCCACUUUCUUUGAGGGAGCCAAGCACCCCACAGCUACCCACAUGAGGGAGAAAGUGGGCAUCUGGGGUGGGGGGUCAGGAGUCGGUGUGCCCCUGAGUGUCGGGCCCAGACCCCUCCUCCAGGCCACAGCCCCAGUCUCUGUCCAGCCCUCCAUGCGCUUCUCGGUCAGCCCUGGGAGCUCCUGUCCACGCAGACAUGUCCUUCCUUCGUCAUCCCCCUGAGACCCGAGGGCCUGGGGCAGGGAGGCACUGGCCUCAGUUCUGUGAUCGUGCCCUGCAGACCGUGAAUAAAACGCCCUUGGCAAUCUGCCCUCCUGGCUGGCCACCCCUGCCGCAUCCUGGUUCCUGCCACCCUGAUCUG